AUGGCUAAUACUCCGAUUCAUUUUUAUCGUCCUCAUGAACCAUUUGGUGAAUUUAGCAAUUUUUAUUCUGCUUCAAUCGAAUUAGAUGGAUAUGUUUGGCCAACUACUGAGCAUUAUUUUCAAGCACAAAAAUACAUUUCAGACGAAACACAUUUUAAAAAUGUUUUACAAUUAGCUACUCCAAGAGAAGCAUAUAACUAUGUGAGAACUUAUAAAUCUGCUGUUCGAUCUGAUUGGGCAAAUGUAAAAGAUGAUAUCAUGUUUAAAGCAUGCUUAGCAAAAUUUCAACAACAUCCAAAACUUAAAGAAUUAUUACUAUCAACACAAGAUUGUACUUUAGUAGAACAUACAACAAAUGAUUUUUAUUGGGGUGAUGGAGGAGACGGAUCAGGAAAAAACCAACUAGGAAUAACUUUAAUGAAAGUUAGAGAUUAUCUUAAAAAAUAA